UUUUGCCCUCCGCCUUCACGAUCUGUUUAAUAUUAAAAGGCCUUCACUCCGGUAGUCCUCUCAAGCCUUAGCAAUGGCGGCUCCGAUCGAAUCGGUGCAAUGUUUCGGACGUAAGAAGACGGCGGUGGCCGUCACCUACUGCAAACGCGGCAGGGGUUUGAUUAAGAUCAAUGGCUGCCCAAUCGAGCUUGUUGAGCCAGAGAUCUUGCGCUUUAAGGCCUAUGAGCCCAUCCUCCUCCUUGGACGUCACCGUUUCUCUGGUGUCGAUAUGCGCAUCAGAGUGAAAGGUGGAGGUCACACCUCCCAGAUCUACGCCAUCCGCCAGAGUAUUGCCAAGGCUCUUGUUGCUUUCUACCAGAAGUACGUGGAUGAGCAGAGUAAGAAGGAGAUUAAAGACAUUCUGGUCAGGUAUGAUAGGACUUUGCUUGUUGCCGAUCCUAGGCGCUGUGAGCCCAAGAAGUUUGGUGGUCGUGGUGCUCGUGCUAGGUUUCAGAAAUCAUAUCGUUGAUGGGAACUAUGGCGGAUUCGCAUUAGUGGGUAAAAUUAUGGUUUUGUUUAUGCUAUUUGGAGUUGUAAGACUUUGACUUUCCGUUGAUAUUGACGGUGCACAACCAAAGUGCUUUUUUGAAACAUCUUAAUUUUCUGCCCAUUAUUUCUGUUCGAGUUAGAUUAUUGUGCGGACAAAAAUGAACAUAGUUAUCUUAUGCGAUAUUUUUGUUCAAGUUGAUCAUUUGCCUA